GAUGUUUUUAUAGAUUCACUAAAAAUGUGUUUCGUCUAUACCAAGACGAGGAUUUUAGCAUUCAAAGCUAAAUAAAAAGCCAUCCACCAUGGCUUUUUUCGCCCUUCUAUGGAAGGCGCGAACAAUCGAAAAAUACAGACUAAACUAUGAAAGAGAAAAAAUCAAUUCUAUAGUGUUGGGAAAUACGCAAAUGGAACAAACAUUAUCCCAAAGAUGGAGCCACUAUAGACGUGAUACAAAAAAACGGAUUUCAAGAACAUUCAAGAAAUGGUAUCCUGAGGGCAGUAGUGUUGCAAAUUUUUUCUUGUAUUUACGAACGGAUCAGACAUUUCCCAACUUUCUGUUGAAGAGUGUGAUGGGAUUUGUGGGCGGCAUAAUACUGACGUAUUUGUGUUUUAUGUUUUUCGUCUUCCAGCUCUCCAUAUCUCUCAUCCAUGCUACCAUCAUGAGUUCCAUCAUUGGUGUUCUUCUCACCUUAGGACUGGCUUUCAGUUACAGAAUAAGAUGUUUAGUAUUCCUGCUGAUCCCUCAAUUCUUCUCCCGCGUCGGAAGAUACACCCUGACCUGCUAUGCCCUGGUUCUCAUCCUGACAGGACCUGCUACUAAUACCUUGAAGAACUCGGAAGUACUAUCUGAAUCUAUGGCUUGUUCUCAAGAACAAAUAAAAGCAAGCGUGCACCAACUGAAUGACCUGAUGAAGAAACCGUUCACCACUAUGAAGGAUUCACUGAAGGUGAUGGUGGACCGGCUGAAGAUGAUCACGGCGAAGGUGAAGGAGACAGUCGUGGAACUCGAUCGAUUGGUUCUAAGUAUUGUAAGCAUCAUCCAGUCUUCAUUCUCCUGGCUACAAUCAGUAGCAGACAUUUGCAACGCUCAGCUUGGAACACCAUACGAGCGUUGCAACAGUGCCAUGAAGGAAGGUAUAUCUGACUGCAAGAAGCACUUAGGCCCUGGGCUCUCGAAGCUAUGCGAUGUGGCCUACGUGGCCCAAGCUGCGUGCUACUCCGUGAAACCCUUCAAAGCGUUUUGUUACGCCACCGACUUUAUGGAUGACGCGAUUCUGGCGAGCGUUAAGAAAAAACUAAGAAACUUUAGUGAGCAUCUCCGAGCGAUGUUCCAAGUGGAAGUCCAUAUGCACCACUCGUACUCGUACAGCAGCAACACCAGCCGGUCUGCCAGCCAGGUGGCUGCCGGCAUCGUCACUGAGAUCAGGAACAGAGCAGAUCCCCUGCUCACCUGGCUCUCUUGGAGCUCCUGCGUCACUAGCUUGUUCUUGCUGCUUAUAAUAUUCAGAGCCAAAUACUACCAGCACAUGUACGAAACUCGAUCACGUUUCGACAAUCGUUACGUCACCAAGGAGUUGCAAGAGCUGGACUUGAAGAGACAGCGGCAGGGAAGGGAGACUGUACUUCCGUUGAAUAGGAGAGAGCGAGCUAAGUAUAUCAAUACGACGUCCUUUCGCCUAGUAGCUUCAGAAAAAGUAUAUCUGAAUCGUUCAGCAGUGUUCAUGGCGAUCACUACCUUCAAGCUGCUGAUACACAUGGUGGCUGACUACAGCCUCUACUGGGUUCUAAUGACCAUACGUUACCAUGGGAGCUAUCAGACGGAAUUGAUGCCUGGUAUCCCCCACUCAGGAGCCCAUGUAUCUGGCAGUGGCUAUGUGGCAAGACUGUUCAGCUCCAUCAUAGGGAUCCUGGACAUACCGCUCUCCUUUCCAGCACCUUCACCCAUAACCUGCCUACCUGACCCCUACCCACCUGAUUUGCGAAGAUAUACACAGAUUGGAGUUCUCAUCUUCCUUCUAUGGUUCUUUGCUCUCUUCGAACCGUAUGGUCUUCGGUUGCGGCAUUUGAUCAUGGGGCAUUACAGACCGGAGCGAGCUAAAGCCAGAGCUACCUGGUUGUACAAUCAUAUACUGAGAACUAGAGCAAGUUUUAUGAAAUUCGCUCGAAGAAAAUUGCAUCGUGACUACAAAUAUUGUUCAGGGGCAUCGCUUACGUUUCGUCAAUGGAUUGCAGAUCACAUACCCUUCCAGUGCCUCAAGUCCUUGCUGGGAUUAAGCGACAAGGAGCCACAUUGUCUAUUGUGUGGCAUUACCCCAUCCAUUGAACCAGAAUCUGAACUCACGAGAUGUCAGACUCGUGGAUGUCCAGGUAUAUACUGCAUGAGCUGCUUCCAAGAUAUUGGAGCAUUAUGCACAAUAUGCAUGUCACCUGCUGACUACGGGGACCUCAGUGAUGUCAGCUUGGAAAAAGGUUCUUCUGAUGACAGUGACAGUGAGCACGGCGAUCCAGGAGGAGAGACAUUGCAUGAGAAUGUACCUCUACUCCAAAUGGAAGAAGUAAAUAGAAGAAAUUUCAAAAAUACAUCCCACAGCUACGAUCAACGUUGGCAAUUCUUCAAUGAAAGUGGUCCAGCGGGACUAAUGGAUGCCAUCGAGAUACCUACUAAUACCCAUGAACAAGGCUCUUCCGCUCCAAACAUUCUUAGACGAUUUCACAGUCUGACUAGUAAUUUGAGAAUACGUUACAAAGAAAAGCAAUACACCCUUGACUGGGUGACAAAAGUUCGAUCAGAAAAUACGUACCACGUAAUACCUGAAGAAAAUAAUAACUUUCAUCCCAGCACUUUCGAAAUGGAAGAUAUGUUCAAUGAAACUAAAUCAGUUGGAGUAAAUACUGACAGAAACCGUGGUAUGAUAAUAAAUAUAUUGAUGAACAAUUUUAGCCAACGAAGGAUACAAUUCUUUCGAAAUAAACACAGAAAUAUGAAAUCUAGUCACAGGCAAUACAAAGAACAGCAAAUGAAACACAAUGUCACUGAAACAAACAGAAAGACGAUUGUGUUCACUAAAACGUUACACUCAUACAAUUUAACUAUACCGCAAAUAAACACAAAGAAUAUUUUAAGAAACAAGAAAAAUAAUAAAACUAAAUGUAAGAUGAACUUGACUAAAGAUUUUAAUGGCACAAUGAGUGUUAUGAAAUAUUUUAUGAAGAGUAGUGACAGUGACGUCAUGGAAGUUUCAAGCUACAAUAACGAUAUAACUCCAGAUAAUGGGAAUACUGACUAUCCUCCCGGUGACAAUACUGAAGAAGUAAACAAUUCUAUAGAUAACACAGAUAGCACAGCCCUCCCAGACAAGAAUAAUAAAAAGAAAAAUUCUAAGAACAAGAAACAGAAACGACCAAGAAAACCAAAAGAUACGAAGAAAAAUAAAAAGAAAGGCUCUCGUCACGGGAUCAAUGAGAUUCACACAUUCUUUUCUAGCCGUUGGACUAAUUUUAAAAGCAGUUUAAUGAAAUCAAAGAGGUCAGAUAGCCCAACGGCUAAUGAAAAGAAAAAUCAUAAAAGGAGAAAAAAGCGAAAAGGUUGCAGUCGAGAAGUUAUAGAAACUGACACUGAUGAGUGUUUUGAAAAAAAAGAUAUAAAACAGACGAGAAACCUUCGGAUAUCGGCAUUCCUAGCUGAACUGGAAUGGUCGAAGAAGGAAUAUAAGAAGGAGAAGGCUGCUGAAGGGAAAAACGAUUCGUUCUUAUUUCCCAAAGGCCCACAGCGGAUCGCUACUAAUAAAAUAGUAGGUAUGGUACAUCUCAAGAAUUUGCCCUUCCAAUGGCGGGAGGCGCCAAAGCAGGAUCCUCAUUGUGAGUGUCAAGACACUAAAUGUUCCUGUCCAGAAAAAUCUGACAAAUGUAUGAAAAUAUUUGGGCGUUUAUCUAAAUUUUCAGCAAGAAUUAGCAACAAGAAAAAAAUUGAGAAAUUCCGCACUAAAGUCAACAACAAUACAAUGGAUACGCCAUCAAGUUUGAUGGCAAAAAUGUUGAGCACUAUCAACGCUAAACCAGAGAAAAGUAGGGAGUUAGAGAGCUCAAUCUGCAUAGCAAAACGAGCCAGUUUCUACCGAGAAGUUACCAAGGAAUUUAUUCCUAAUGAAGAACACUUGGACACGGACAUGUUAUUCAAAAACGAAAAUUUCAUGAGUGAUUUCCGCGAGGAACCCUGCGAAGGCGUAGCACAGACCUCGAAAUUUAUCUCGAGUAACACGCUGCUCGAAAAACAAUUAAUUGUAUCUCAUAGCAAGGAUGAGAAGUGCUUGGAACCAUCGUCAGGUGCUAGUCGAUGCCGUUGUGACAUUUACGAUGAUAUCCAAAAGAAAUGGACAUAUUGUAAAAAGUCUAUAUCUGAUAAAUGCCACACACCUAUCGUUAUGAUAAAGAAUUUACGCUCUUCUUUAUUUGGACCUUCGUGCACCAAAUCGACAUGCCCGAACAAAAUAGAAAAAAAACCUAAAACAGUAAUAAUAAAAGAAAAUAAAAAGAUGAGAAUACCUUGUAUAAUGUCGAAGAAACAUAAACCUGUUUCAAGUCAGACUGAUAAGAAGGGCAAAUCGAAACAGGGACAGAUAGCCGUACAAACGAAUCCGAGAAAAAAUAAGGAAACGCAACUGACAGAAGAUUUUGAUAUUGAAAAGUGCAUCGAACAAGAAAUGAAGAAAAAAUUGGCCGCCGUAAAUUCUUCAGCGAAUUUUGACGCUGAUGCUUGCAAGAAGCAAAUGAAGAUGCUCAUAGAUUGUUUGAAUAAGGAAACAGAAAAAAUGGCGAAAGCAGGCGGAGGAAAAUCUAGUAAGCCAGGGACACCAGGGACACAGUCUCCAGUUAAGAAAGAUAAAGGAAAAGCAGGGAAAGGAGACAAAGCAGCAGUAGCAGGAAAAACAGGAAAAGCAGAGCCCGAGAACACUUGUGCUUGUCCAGAGUCCACAGAAUCGACAACAGGAAAAUCUGGUCGUCAACCACCAAUGGCACAAUCGCCAGCAUCAACAAAAUCGUCGAGACCUGGAUCAGGAAAAUCCAGUAAGACAGGGACACCAGGGACACAGUCUCCAGUUAAGAAAGAUAAAGGAAAA